AUGUGUAAUCCUGAAAUGAAAAUCUAAUAAUAAAUUUCGAUAUUAUUUGAUGGUUUGCUGGAGGAAAAUAAGAAUUAUAGAUUCCAACAAGAUCGUCUGUCCACUAUCGCAUUCUUGAUUGAAAUUUUAAAUAAAUGUGAUUUGGAAGUUUUAAAAAUACAUAUAUCCUUUCAAUUUUCUCCAUAGAAUCAGUUAUUUAUCAAAGAUUCAAUUUGUACAUUUAAUAAUUCAAUCUAUUAUUUCUAUUCAAUUAAUUUUUCUGUUUUUAGAAAUCUUUUCGAAUUUCAAUCAAUUUCUUGUAUGAAUUAGACUAGACUAUAGAUCUUAAAAAAAAUCUUCCUUGCUUUGAUCUUCCAAAGGAUGUGUAAAAAGAAUAUAUGA